GCCGGGGCCCAGCAGGUGUGGGGUUAAGGGAGCCCGUUUGGGGCCCCAGGAGCAGCAGCAACUGCAAGAGCGGCGGCUGUGGCGGGCCUGGCCCGGGGCCAGCUGGCGGGGAGCCCCAGGAGGGAGGAGGGGGGAGGAAGAGGGGAAGGAGGAGGAGGAGGAGGAGGAGAGGAGCAGUCAGCAGGCCCGAGGAGGCAGGACUUCCUGGUGUGGGGGUUGUCAACAGCCCCGAAAGAGAAAGACGGACGGAGACUGAGAGCAGCCGCGGAGCGGAGACAGGUCCAGCGGGACCACGCGGGAGGAGGUGUGCGAGACCCGCUCGCCGGGACCACCGAGGCCGGCUGCCGCCUGGAGCCGCGGGGGGCUGCGCCGCGCCCUCCCACAGCUAUCGGGAGACCUCUGGGGCUUCGGAGGCGGCUCCUGGGCUCCGCCGAGGGGGAGCAGACUCCUUUUCUGGAGCGAAAACUUUCCACGGAGAUGCCUCGCAGGGGGAGGUGCGGCCCCCGAACAGGACUGGGCAGCCCCUGACCGCCGCCUGCGUGCCCCGCGCCGCCCCGGGGCCAGGAGGCCCCCGGGAAAAGACAGCCCAACACCUUGGGCGCCGGGACCCCCACGGUCAGCUCGGUGGCCGAGACCGAGAGUUUGCAAACUCAGCUCUGGAGUUCGGCAGCGGCGACAGCAGCAGGAAAAACCUGCCCCUGCUCCCCACUCCCGCCACCUCCCCUACCCUGUUCUGUCAUCAGCCGGGCACCCCCAGUUCCCACAAGGCCCUUUGGCCAUGUCGGACCCAGAUGUUCCCAGGGGCCCUGAUGCCCCCGCAAUGUGGCCCCCCUGUUCUAGGGGUGCCUGAGCCCCUUCAAAGAGCCCCAGUCCCCCAACCUCAGCCCAGUCCUGAGUCCCGGGGACCAUGAGUGGAGGCAAGAAGAAGAGUAGUUUCCAGAUCACCAGCGUCACCACGGACUACGAGGGCCCAGGGAGCCCCGGCGGCUCCGAUCCCCCUGCCCCACCGGCCCCUGCCGGGCCCCCGCCCCGCCUCCCCAACGGGGAGCCCAACCCCGACCCAGGGGGCAAGGGCACCCCCCGGAAUGGCUCCCCACCGCCUGGGGCCCCUGCCUCCCGCUUCCGGGUGGUGAAGCUGCCCCACGGCUUGGGAGAGCCUUAUCGCCGAGGUCGUUGGACGUGUGUGGAUGUUUACGAGCGAGACCUGGAGCCCCCCAGCUUCGGCCGGCUCCUGGAGGGGAUCCGGGGAGCCUCGGGGGGCACCGGGGGUCGAUCUCUGGAUUCCAGGUUGGAGCUGGCCAGCUUGGGCCUGGGCGCCCCUAUCCCACAGCCAGGCCUGUCUCAGGGCCCCACCUCCUGGCUGCGUCCGCCCCCCAGCUCCCCUGGACCUCAGGCCCGCUCCCUCACCGGCGGGCUGGGCCAGCUGUCGGUGCCCGGCAAGGCCAAGGUGGAGACGCCCCUCCUGUCGGCCUCCCCACCCCAGCAGCGCCUCCCAGAGCCUGGGACUGGGGAUAGCGCCAGCACAUCCCUGGCUCCCGUGCCCCUGCCCCCCCUAAGGGUGGAAGUGGAGGCUGGGGGCCCGGCGGCAGGGACCCCUCCAGCGUCCCGAAGGAAAGAUGGAGCCGUGCGACUGAGGAUGGAGUUGGUUGCUCCAGAGGAGACUGGACAGGUGCCCCCACUCGACUCUCGCCCCAGCUCCCCGGCCCUCUACUUCUUCCCCGAUGCCAGUCUGGUUCACAAGUCUCCAGACCCCUUCGGAGCCGCAGCAGCCCAGAGCCUCAGCCUGGCCCGCUCCAUGUUGGCCAUCAGUGGGCACCUGGACAGCGAUGACGAUAGUGGCUCCGGCAGCCUGGUUGGCAUUGACAACAAGAUCGAACAAGCCAUGAUUCUCUUCUGGAGACAAAAAAACAAGCCAACUAUCCAGGAACCCUCUGCCCCCAAGAAACAUGCACUGAAGGAUGUGGAGAAAACCCCCAAGGCAUUUGAGUCAUUCAAGUUGGUCGAGUCCCCCCGAGAGGCUCAGAUACCCAAGAUGGACGAGUGCCCCACGGUGGCUGAAUCCCUCGUGCUGGCCCGUGUACCAGACCGGUCCCAGGAGGAGCUGGGCCGCAAGAGCCGGUCCCUGCUGCGGCUGCCCCGGACGGCCAUGCGGUCCAUGUCCACGCUCAUGUUCUCCGCCCUGCAGACUGGCUGGCAGAUGUGCAGCUGGAAGUCGUCUGUGAGUUCCACCUCCGUCGUCUCCCAGAUGAAGAAGCCGUCCCCCUUGGAGUCGCCGGAGGCGGAGAUGCUACGGGAAGUGUACCUGGUGCUGUGGGUCAUCCGCAAACAGCUGCGGCAGCUGGCCCACAGGCAGGAGAGGCGGCGCCGGCGCCACGCCCGGCCUCACUCUACUCCCCAGCCUGACGAAGUGCAGGGCCUGAAGCAGGACGCCCGAAGUCCCCUCUAGGGGGCAACCCCAAAGCCUCAGAACGCCCCCACCUCACUCUUAGGUAAGGUGGACAGCAGGGGUCAGGGCAGCAGGCCAGAAGUUGUGGGUGAGGGGACGUUGGCAUCCUGUCC